AAAACCCAAUCUGGAAAUCCCAAAUGUGAAUGGAACGCGAAAUUAAUUUCUUAGGGUUAGGGUUUUGACCCUCAGGGUUCGAUUUUCAUUCUCCAUUUCACGUUCCAUUUUCAUCGGCAACAGGAAUUCGUUCAAAUUCUUGGAUUUCCAUGGCGACGCCAGCAGCGAAUGCUCCCGCAAAGAGGAAGCCUGUUUUCGUAAAAGUAGAAGAGCUAAAGCCUGGAACCAGCGGCCACACUCUCACCGUCAAGGUUGUGAGUUCCAAAAAUGUUAAGGUUGUCAAUAAAGGUGGACGAUCCACCAUGCUUACUGCUCGCCCUCAGCAAUUAACUCGAAUCUCUGAAUGUCUUGUUGGUGAUGAGACUGGUUCCAUCGUCUUCACAGCUCGAAACGACCAAGUUGAUAUCAUGAAGCCAGGAAACACUGUGACCCUAAGGAAUGCAAAGAUUGAUAUGUUCAAAGGUUCUAUGAGGUUAGCAGUAGAUAAAUGGGGACGAGUUGAAGUAGCUGAACCAGCCAACUUUGAGGUUAAAGAAGACAACAAUCUCUCACUGGUUGAAUAUGAAUUGGUUAACGUUGAAGAAUGACUUGAAAUUAUGCAAUGUUAAUUAUCAUGGAUUUACUUUCUUUAUUGUGUGGUGGACUGCUAUUUAACUGGUAUACAUUUUCUAUAUGGCAACACAAAAAUCUUGCUGAGAGUAAUAUAAGUUGAUUAUUGAUGUGCCUAACUAUGCUUAAUUUGGAUCUGAUGUGAUAAAGAUCUUCAAGGGCAAAGUGCAAAUGUUACUUUCUGGUCUACUUAUUAUUUUGAAAAGUAAAUAGAAUGCUUUACCAAUGUA